AUAAAUAAAUUAAAACUUUUUAAUGAAUGCUUCCAAGUCCCUUUAUUAUUUAUUCUCCUCGUUUUAGCAUCUUUUCCUUGUUGAUAUUAAUUUUGGGUCAGGAAGGAACUGAGAUGAUAUUUUAAAAAAAACUGAUAUUUACACGGUGAAAACUAUUGCAGUUAUGGACAACACUAACGAUUUACAACAAGGGUCCGGACUAACAAGCAGUUCUAUUAGAAAUAAUAAUGCUUUAUCAGUUAAUACAACUGCUAUACAGCAAAACUAUAAUAACGGUGUCUCUUAUCUUUCUUCACCUACUUUUCGACGAACCAUGUUAUCCAAUGUGCGUCAGUCUUGGGUAUUUAGUACACCCCCUUCAAUUCCAGAAGCUGAAAGUGUUUAUGUUCAUCCAACUGCCAUACUUGAAAAGAACAAGGCAACCGCAAAAUCAAGAUUGUCAAUUUUUGUUCAAAAAGAUGGUGGAAAUCAACAACAGCAUGGAAGAGUAAUAACUAAUAGCACAAUAAAUGAGGCUCCAGAUAUGGAGAAUUUAACUGAUAAUGAACUAUCAUCAUCUCCAACCUCAAGCAGACCUAUAUCUAAUGUUUCUUCUUCUGUAAAUCAAGAUAGUAGUGAAUACGAUGCAUUAUCCGAUUCAUCACAUUCCUUAUCAUCAUCAUUUGCUUCUACUUCUAUAACAACGAACAAUAGGGAUAGUAUGUCUGAUAUAACUUCAAUGCUUAGCAAUUCACCUUCAAUACCAAAUGAUGAUCCUAAUAAAUUUAAUAGACUACCCAAUAAUAAUGUCCCUCGCCAUCGGUAUUCUAUCCCAUCUGCUUCAAAAGAAUUGAACAGUCCACGUCAAUAUAUUAUUGCUCCAAGACGUGCUUCAAUGCCAAUUCUUUCUAAUAAUACUGAUUCUGAUAUUCGGACUUCAUCUAUGUCAUCCGAUAUACCGAUAAUGGCAACAACUCUUUAUGAUGAUGAUGAUGAUGAACAAGACGAUGAAUUAAAAGAAAUAGUAAAAAAUAAUAGCUCUUUCCUCUCUCCUAAUGCCUCAAAUGAAAGUUCUAUUCAAGAGGUUGCUUUACGUACUAAUAGAUUAUCAUCGCCUGCCAAUGCGCAAUUAGCUCAGAGAGCUUCUAGAGCAUCUAUGAGAAUGAGUCUUAAUUCUUUAAUGCAAAAACGUUUUAAUAUUGCUUUCGAAAUCUUAACAACUGAACGUCAUUACGUUGAUUGUUUACAGCUUGUUCAGAGGUUAUUCCUUGAUCCUUUGACUAAAUCAUUGUCGUCAGCAAAUCCAAUACUGUCUAAGAAAUCAAUUAAUGAAAUUUUUGCAAAUCUUCCCGAACUGAUUAAUGUCAAUACCGAACUAUUAAGAAGAUUAGAUGAAAGAAUUGCUAUAACUAUUGAUGAUAAACCAAUCGAAGAUUCUGAGGAUAAAUUUUGGAAUCCUGAGGAUGGUUGCUUAGGAGAUGUUUUCUUGAAUAUGGCACCAUUCUUUAAAAUGUAUUCAAUUUAUGUAAAAAACUUCAAUUCCGCGCUUUCUGUAAUCGACGUCCAAUUAAGAGAUAACCCUACAUUUUCCGCUUUUCUAAGGGAUAUUAUCAAGACAGGACAAUGCAAAGGCCUUACUUUACAAGCUUAUUUGAUAAUGCCAGUACAGCGGAUACCCAGAUACAAAUUAUUGUUAGAAGAUUUGUUAAAGAAAACAGUUGAAACUCAUCCAGAUUAUCUCAAUUUAAAGAAAGCGUACCAAGUUAUUGAAAAUGUUGCCACUUUUGUCAAUGAAACUAUUCGACAACAUGAAAUGUUUAUUACUAUGUUGGAGAUUCAAAAAUCAUUAACGGGAUUUGAUGAAGUAUUGUUAGUUCCUGGUCGCACCUUCAUUAAGCGAGGAAUCGUCAAAAAGAUAUGUCGUCGAACGCAUCAGAAACGUGAAUUUUUCUUGUUUUCAGAUAUUUUGAUAUAUGCUAGCCCUAGUUUGAUGGAUGAUACUUAUACUUUUCAUCGAAAGUUCAGUCUUGAAGAUGUUACGAUUUUAGUAGUCGAAGAUACUCAAUAUGUAAAGAAUGGAUUCCAGAUAAUGAGUCCUCAGAAAAGCUUUACAGUUUAUGCAGAUACUCAAAAAGAAAAAGAAUCGUGGAUUAAUGCGACUCGGGAUGCCAAAGAAGAAUAUUUAAGCGCUAAAAGAACACUUAAAAUUGAUAAUAACGAGAGACUAGAAAGGAAGGACUUAUACAAAAAGAGAAUUGUAGAGAAUUAUCACGCACCUGUAUGGAUUCCGGAUUCAAAAGCCGAUCGAUGUAUGAAUUGUUCUGAAGAAUUUACAAUAUUUCGAAGAAAACAUCACUGUCGAGCAUGUGGUAAAGUUGUUUGCCAUGCUUGUUCUACAAGAAACUUCGUUAUUCCUGGCACAGUUGAACGGGAUGAUCAGUUGGCACGUGCAUGUGAUUCUUGUUUCUUUACAAUGUUCCCAGAUGCUUUAAGAGAUGAAGAUCUAGCACCUGGUAUUCACGUGUGGGACCUUGUUGGUAAUAGGAGUACAACGUCACUUGUUGAAUCUUCACAAAAAGAUGAUAAUAUUAAAGACAAAGAAAAGGACAAUGUUAUUAAUGAAUGUAAUAAGUUUGAAAGAACUAUUUUUAAAAACAUUGAGAACAAUCGAGCAAGUGUAGUUUCUUCUUCCUUAAAAUACAUCCAUGAUGCUAUUGUAGCUAAACGAUGUGAGCAAUGCAGAGUUGAUCUUACUGUAUUCAGAUGGAGGAAUACAUGUUUGAAAUGUAAAAAAAUUGUUUGUACUGAUUGUCUCACAAAGAAACCGAUUGAUUUUUCAUCGCUUCCAAAAGAAAUUUUGGAGGCAUUAUCAUCAGAUGAAACACAGACAGUUGAGAAUACUCUAAAUAAGCGAUUAAGUACCACAACAAAUGUUAUUAAAAUAUGCGAUUUUUGUUAUUUAGGUAUUGACCCAAGUCAUGUAACAAUAGAUGAAGAAACAGAUGGAUGGAGUGCAAAAGGACAAAUAACACCGCCAUCAACACCUGAAAUGAAAAGCUAUCGUGACAAUCAUGUUAUGAUAGAGAAAGAAUUAUGAAAGAUUAAAUAUAUUUUUUUAUGUAUAUUAUUUGUAUUUCUAUUGUGUUCAUAUUUCAUUUAGUAAAUUGUACAAAUAUAUAUAUAUUUAUACUAUAAAAAAUGUAAAACUUUUUUUAGCUAUUAUUAUGUUAAUC